GCCGCGGCCCCGGCGCUGAGGGGAGGCGCUCGCCCCGCCGCGGGCGCCCGGGGGCCGCCGCCGCCGCCGCUGCCGCAAGGACGGGGGGGUCCGGCCGCCGCCCUCCGCCGGAGCCCGCCGCAGUGCGCUGAGGGGAGGCGAGAUCUCUGAACAACAACUUUUUCACAUAAAUUGACAAAAGUGCAGAAGAGAUGGCCAGUUCAGCGCGAGAACAUCUGCUUUUUGUGCGACGUCGCAACCCACAGCUCCGGUAUACUCUGAGCCCAGAGAAUCUGCAGAGUUUGGCAUCUCAGGGCACCAUGGCUGAGAACAUGAACUUGCAGCGUGCCAACAGUGACACUGAUUUAGUGACCUCAGAUAGCAGAUCUAGUUUGACAGCCAGCAUGUAUGAAUACACCUUGGGGCAGUCUCAGAACCUCAUUAUUUUCUGGGAUAUUAAAGAAGAAGUUGAUCCGACUGACUGGAUUGGACUUUAUCACAUAGAUGAGAACUCUCCAGCCAAUUUCUGGGAUUCCAAAAAUCGUGGAGUGACUGGCACACAGAAAGGACAAAUUGUGUGGCGAAUUGAACCUGGCCCUUAUUUUAUGGAAUCUGAAAUAAAGAUCUGUUUUAAAUACUACCAUGGUGUUAGUGGAGCCCUCCGAGCUACUACUCCAUGUAUCACUGUGAAAAACCCUGCUGUGAUGAUGGGAGUAGAAGGCACGGAUGAAGGUGCUUCUGGAGCCCAGCACUCUCGGAAGUUAGUCAGCUUUACCCUAUCAGAUAUUAGAGCAGUUGGGCUUAAAAAAGGCAUGUUCUUCAACCCUGAUCCUUACCUAAAGAUGUCCAUUCAGCCAGGCAAGAAAAGUACAUUUCCUACAUUUGCUCAUCAUGGUCAGGAAAGAAGGUCGACCAUCAUCAGUAACACAACUAACCCUGUUUGGCACAGAGAGAAAUAUUCUUUUGUUGCGCUUCUAACAGAUGUCUUGGAAAUUGAGGUUAAAGACAAAUUUGCCAAGAGUCGUCCAAUCAUCAAGCGCUUUCUUGGGAAGCUAACCAUACCAGUCCAGAGACUGUUGGAGAGACAUGCAAUUGGAGACCAGAUUCUCAGUUAUAAUCUUGGCAGAAGGCUCCCAGCUGAUCAUGUAAGUGGCUAUCUCCAGUUCAAAGUGGAAAUCACAUCUUCAGUUCAUGAAGAUGCAUCACCAGAAACAGUCGGCACUUUGCUAGGAGUGAACUCUGUAAACGGAGACCUGGGGAGCCCCUCUGAUGAUGAGGACAUGCCAACGGGACAUCAUGAUACAUCCACAGUGUGUUCCAAUGGUCCAGUCCUUGAGGAAUCUUCUGGAGAAACAAUCCAGAGACAUAUUUUAAGGACUAGUGCAACUCUGGAAACAGACCAGGAUGAGAUAACCUCUGGUGCUUCAAGAUCAUCGCCUACAAGAGGUCGCCAGGACUCGCUAAAUGACUAUCUGGAUGCAAUAGAACACAACGCUCAUCCCAGACCUGGGACGUCUGCCUCUGGUGAACGUCCACGUGGAGCCUCCCCAAAACUGAGGAGUAGCUUCCCUACUGACACAAGACUUAAUGCGAUGCUUCACAUUGACUCGGAUGAAGAGGAACAUGAGCUACAUCAAGACCUGGGUUUUCCAUCUUCCUUGGAAGAUGAUGGUGGUUUGGUAAUGCUUAAUGGUGCUGCAAGAAGUGUUGAAAGAGAUGGUUUAAGUUGCUCAUCAGAUCAGGUAACACAGGGACCUGCAGAGAAUGAAAAUGUUUCAGCCUCUGAAGCUCCUUUGCCUUCAAAUGAUGACCAGCCAGAGAGUCUCCCAGAGCUUCCACCAUCACAGUUAGCAGAAGGGGAAAGUCCCCAAGGUUCUCAAAGUGAAACACCAGCAGAGCAGGCUGGCAGUGAGUUGUAUGCCGCUCAGGAGGCAGAGCAGCCUCCUAGCAGUACAGAUGCAGGAGCUGCAGAUGCCGCUGCUGGGAGCAGAAGGGGUGUUAGUGAAACGGAAUCCAUUGAUCAAGGGUCUGAACCUUCCCAGCUGUCAUCAGAAACCGAGCAGAGUGACCCUGCUCGCACGGAAAGUGUCAGUGAGGCUAGUACCCGACAGGAAGGGGAGAGCGAUGUGGAAGGGGCAGACAGCUCUUGCAACGAAAAUGCAACUGUGCGCCGUUCCUCAGUUGAAAUGCGGUGUUCUUUUGAAAGUGCUAGGUUUCCUGAGACUCCCACCUUUUCUCCUCAGGAAGAGGAAGAGGGAGCUUGUGCCACUGAUGUGGCUAGAACUCAGCCAGCUGCUGAAACACAAGACGCUGCAAGUACUUCGGGCUCUUUGCCUGCAGUACAGUUACCUCAGGAGGAAGUGCAGGAGGCUGAAGCAGGUGAAUUACAAGACCAAGAGGAAGCAGAAGAAAUCUGGCAAAGAAGAAGCCUGCAGGCGGCAGCUGCCAAUAGCCAGUCUCAGGAUGAAGAAACUGGAAGAGCCCAAGCAGCCUGUGAGGGUGCCACAGCACAGGUUGAAGGAGCUACUGGAGGUGCUCAAGCCAAUGGCCAUCAGCCCUUGAGGUCGCUGCCUUCGGUACGUCAGGAUGUUAGCCGGUACCAGAGAGUGGAUGAAGCUCUGCCACCAAACUGGGAAGCUCGAAUUGACAGCCAUGGACGAAUUUUUUAUGUGGACCAUGUGAACAGGACAACAACGUGGCAGCGACCCACAGCCCCCCCGGCCCCACAGAUUCUGCAGCGGUCAAAUUCCAUACAGCAAAUGGAACAGCUGAAUCGCCGGUACCAGAGCAUCCGCAGAACAAUGACUAAUGACAGGCCUGAAGAGCAUACAAAUGCAGUGGAUGGAGCUGGAGAGGAAACUGACUUUCACCAUUCUAAUGCAGAUUUUCGAAGAGAGAAUGUGCUGCCUCACUCUACCUCCAGAUCCAGACUUACUUUAUUGCUCCAGUCUCCCCCUGUGAAAUUUCUUAUCAGCCCAGAGUUCUUUACAGUGCUGCAUUCUAACCCUAGUGCCUACCGCAUGUUUACAAAUAACACGUGUUUGAAGCACAUGAUCACCAAAGUCCGGCGGGACACCCACCAUUUUGAGCGCUACCAGCAUAAUCGUGAUUUGGUUGGCUUCCUAAACAUGUUUGCUAACAAACAGCUGGAGCUGCCAAGAGGUUGGGAAAUGAAACAUGACCAUCAGGGCAAGGCUUUCUUUGUUGACCACAAUUCCCGCACGACCACAUUCAUUGACCCUCGGCUUCCAUUGCAGAGCAGCAGGCCCACUAGUGCUUUAGUCCAUCGGCAGCACUUAACCAGGCAACGCAGCCACAGUGCCGGUGAGGUUGGAGAGGACUCCCGUCAUUCAGGACCACCAGUUCUACCAAGACCAUCUAGCACAUUUAAUACAGUCAGCAGAGCUCAGUACCAGGAUGUGGUUCCAGUGGCUUACAAUGACAAGAUUGUUGCAUUUUUGCGGCAGCCCAAUAUCUUUGAAAUUCUACAAGAGCGUCAACCAGAUCUUACCAGGAAUCAUUCACUCAGGGAGAAGAUCCAGUUCAUCCGGACAGAAGGAACACCUGGGUUGGUGCGUUUAUCCAGUGAUGCAGACCUUGUCAUGUUGCUCAGCUUGUUCGAAGAGGAGAUCAUGUCAUAUGUGCCGCCACAUGCCUUACUUCAUCCUAGUUAUUGCCAGUCCCCAAGAGGCUCACCAGUGUCCUCGCCUCAGAACUCUCCAGGUACUCAGCGUGCCAAUGCCCGAGCUCCUGCUCCUUACAAAAGAGAUUUUGAAGCCAAGCUGAGGAACUUUUACAGGAAGUUGGAGACUAAAGGAUAUGGACAAGGCCCAGGGAAAUUGAAAUUAAUCAUCAGGCGAGAUCACUUGCUAGAAGAUGCCUUCAACCAGAUUAUGGGUUACUCAAGAAAAGACCUGCAGAGAAAUAAGCUCUAUGUCACAUUUGUUGGGGAAGAAGGGUUGGACUACAGUGGACCUUCAAGAGAGUUUUUUUUCCUGGUAUCUAGAGAGCUCUUCAAUCCAUAUUAUGGUUUGUUUGAAUAUUCAGCUAACGAUACCUAUACAGUACAAAUAAGUCCCAUGUCUGCUUUUGUAGACAAUCACCACGAGUGGUUCAGGUUUAGUGGUCGAAUCCUUGGUCUUGCUCUGAUACAUCAAUAUUUGCUGGAUGCCUUCUUUACACGACCCUUUUAUAAAGCCCUCCUCCGAAUACUCUGUGACCUGAGUGACCUGGAAUAUCUUGAUGAGGAGUUUCACCAGAGUUUGCAGUGGAUGAAAGACAAUGAUAUUCAUGAUAUCCUAGACCUCACAUUUACUGUAAAUGAAGAAGUUUUUGGGCAGAUCACAGAACGGGAAUUAAAGCCAGGAGGUGCCAACAUCCCAGUCACUGAAAAGAACAAGAAAGAAUAUAUAGAAAGAAUGGUAAAAUGGAGAAUUGAGAGAGGAGUUGUACAACAAACGGAAAGCCUAGUUCGUGGGUUUUAUGAGGUAGUUGAUGCAAGGCUUGUGUCUGUAUUUGAUGCAAGAGAACUGGAACUGGUUAUAGCUGGAACAGCAGAAAUUGACUUGAGUGACUGGAGAAAUAAUACAGAAUAUAGAGGAGGUUAUCAUGACAAUCACAUUGUAAUUCGGUGGUUCUGGGCUGCUGUGGAAAGGUUCAACAAUGAACAACGACUAAGACUUUUGCAGUUUGUUACAGGCACAUCCAGCAUACCUUACGAGGGAUUUGCCUCUCUAAGAGGGAGCAAUGGUCCAAGAAGGUUUUGCGUGGAGAAGUGGGGGAAGAUCACUGCUCUUCCAAGGGCUCACACUUGUUUCAAUCGUCUGGACCUUCCCCCUUAUCCAUCAUUCUCUAUGCUAUAUGAAAAACUGUUGACAGCAGUUGAAGAGACAAGUACUUUUGGACUUGAGUGAUGCGCAAACCACAGUGCCCAGCUCUUUGGACUUUUGUGGAUCUGCCUUCUCAAAGAACGAAUGAACGUUUGUAUUGGAUUUCCUAGAGGAAAAUUGUUUUAUGAUGCAAUUCAAAUAAUGAGGUUCCAUGAAAGAACUUAUGAAGCAAUUAUAAAGCGUUGUGGUAGUGGCAGAAUUCUCUGCAGUGAAUCUAGAGUGUGCCUGAAGUGCAGGGAAAAACAAGUCUUGCAAUCCACACUUUUUCAGGUCGGCCAAACUUGUUACAUUUUAUUUUCUAAGCAAACAAGAAAUGUGUGAUCCGGUGUUGUGAUCAACCUGACUACUGCAAAACUGAUGUGUACCUGAAAACUGGAUUUCACCAGAGUUGCUGAAUAGAAAAUUCAAGUCAAAAUGUGAAAUCAUUCAGGCCCCCACCUACUCAGUAAAUUAGCAAAAAAUCAUACAAUAUACUUUUUUUUUUUCUUUAAGACUAUUCAUGAAGGUACAUUACUUUAUGCCAUAUGUUAUAACAGCAUAUUCAGUACUUGCUAUACCUAAGACUACAAAUGCCUGCAUGGUGUGCACCACAGAAUUCAAGUUCCUGUGACAAAGUGAAUUGGAAGGAAAGUCAGUAAGAAAGGAUGCAACAAUAAUGGCUUGCAUUAAGGAGGUUUGUGGAAAUGUGUUUGCCAGUGCUGUAUAUGACAAAAGAUGAGCUGUUAAAUGAACUUAAUAACUUCAUAAAAUCAGACUGAUUUUAUGGUUUGUACUGCAUGGAAACUAUUUUAAGAAGAAACUAGCAAUUUAUCGCAGCAUAUCAGGAAAAAAAAAUCCUAACACAGUGACUUCUGUUUAUUUUUAUAGGCUCAUUGUAUUACAUUUCUUAGAGUGUACACAGGAAACAAACUAAAAUGCUCUUUCUGUUUUUGUCACUUUCCAUGCUUGAACAGACAUUCUGCUAGUGUUUAUUCUUUGAGCACUAUCAAAGGAAAAAAUAAAGCCUUUUUAUUUUUAUAAGAGUAAAAAACUCCCAAAAAUAUUUUGCACUGAAUGUACCAAAGUUGAUGGGACAUUACGAUCUGACUGACAGCAAACUGUAUCACUAUCAAGUAUCUAUAAAAACGCUUAGGAACCAGGCUUUCUUCACAGUGCCAUGUCUAUAGAUAUCAGGACUGUGCACAUAAGUAAUAAUUUUAUAAUACUAUAUGUGGUAUCGUAAUAUGCAUUUAUUUUAAAUGCAUCCGGAUCAUUUUUCAUGCAUUGGAUAACUUAAUGCAGUGGAGUUUAAUACAGAUAUUUCAUAUGCUCCCCACAACUUUUUAUUUGUACAGCACCAUGAAACACUAGCUCAUUUGGAAAUCUAUGAGUAACCUACUCUAAGGUGAGUCACUGGCCAUAAUGCCGCUGUUCAUAUCAAUGAACUGCAAUAUGUAAAGUGUUCAUUGUGUCUUGCCUUUUCACUGAUAAAUAGUUUUCUUAUAAAAUGUUAUUUGAAAGAAUUUUUAUGGCAUAUCAAACAUUGCAUGGACAGAUUUCCUCAUGCUUAAUUUUGCUGAAAUACACAAGGCUUGCUUGCAUCUAUUUUUGGUACUUUCCUCUAGAUGGUCUUGUGGAACACGAAUGCGGCUGAGCACUCGUUCUUGUACAGCUGCUGCAACGCAGUGCGUCCACAUGUUUUAAAUUCCAGGAAGUUGCACGUGGAUAUUGGAUGACAAGAACAUCAAUCUAGCUUUGCGCUAGUCGUCUUGGUAGCACUGAAGCACAGCACGCCCUGUUUCGUGGGAACAGUAGCCUCUGAAGUAAACUUAAUGUUCUCGCUUUGGAGACUCUUGAAAGGGCAUCUCAGGGAGGUAUCCUGCUUGUUCCUGCGGGAGUGUUUUUCCUGUGGCGGUGAAUGUCAGCGGAGGUGUUGUCAGCAAAGACUGCCAUUCCACCCUCCAAGUUGGAAGGCAGGUGCAGCUGUGGUGGUGGCUGCAAAAACUGAGGAAACCCUUCAGGCUUCCUGAGAAAGUGUUACCUGUGCAAAGGAAACCCCACUUGCAAAAUCAGAGUGAAAGCAUCCUUUGAUUUCAGGAAUAAUUGAGCUUCUGCAUGACAUCUGGGACUUUGUUACCUAAGUAAUGUAGGUUUUCCUGCUCUACUUCUGGCUGGCAUGAAGUAGCAAAGAAAAAUCCAAACAUCUCCCUAUUUUUACACAUAUAUUUAUCAGUCUUUGCUAAAAUUGCACGUAACAGAUGCUAAUGCACACCUUUUUUCAGAACAAGGAUGAGCGAGCAGUUGGCAAACUGACUUUUCAUCAGGUCACUCCAGCAUGGCUCAUGUUCCAUAUGAUCCAUUCACUGAGUAGCUAAAACUCAGGCACUCACAUCAGAGUGCAACUUUUGCUCGGUUGAAGGACUGCAGAAUCUUGAUUUUACACUCCUGUGUUACCUGUGGUCUAAAAAGGAGAUUUCCCAGGUGGAAACUGUAUCUACGAUUUUUGAACCAGAAACUCUUUGGAAUGAAAAGUUUAAAGUAUUUGGCACAAAGUAAGUUUAUACUAGUCUGCCUUUAAGUUAUGCUUUUGUACAAAUCAAGAAGAAUAAAUGAAUUUGUCAGUUUUUAUUUAAAUAUAUUUACCGCACCUAUUUGUUCUGUGUUUAUGCAUACAUAAAUAACUGAAAUCAGUCACGAUGAUCCAGUAUUCUGUAAAGAUGUGAUAGGAUCAACAGCGGGUCAGCGGUCAAAAGAAAUCUGCAACCCAUGUAGCAUUAAGAUCCAGAGAGACUGAGAAGCUGCUUCUUGCUCUUUUGCAGCCAACAUCACCUGGAGGACUCUCAAGAAAUCCUGUUUGAAAGUGAUGAAGAGAUAGCUGCCCAGAUACAGCUACCUGUUCUGCCUUGAGCACGUGGCUGGAUCUCAGUGAUUAUAUAGGCAGUGCAGUUGCUCUGAAGAGAUAAGCAGGGAGGGUGUAUAGAAAAGGAAGCCUGACCUUUGUCAGACCAGUAUGUCUCCUGGCUAUGGAGUGGAAUAUUCUCUCCUCAGUGUGGGAAGCCUUUCCCAUUGAACAUGUCCCAAGGUGAUAGACAACUUUUGUGUCCUGCAGUUGCAAUCAGCAACCAGAGUGCUUUAGCUUAUGUCACGCUGUGGCAGGCACAAGGGGCCAGAGUAGAGAAAGAUGAAGAAGCAUUUCCAAAAUCUCUGUACUUCCUCAGAGAUUUUCCAGACAGUGCUAAGCAGCUUUCCACUUAGGACAGGAAAAAAGCUAGUCUUCAAGUGAAGUAGACAAAAGAUUUCCUUCGGCUACCAUGUGAUGACAACUUGUACUAACUUCACCUACAGCAUCUCCACCAGACAAAGUCUGGCUGGGGAAGCACCCGCAGCGUUGAAGUGAGGUGCCCAUGUUUCCUGCUCUGCCAGGAGGCUGAGCCAUGCACUGCUAGCCAAAAAGCAGCCACAACACUCCUAAAUACACCGGGAAAGCUUAUCAACAUGGACUUUAUCCAAUGUGGUGCCUACUGGAGCAAGCAGUUACCCAUCCAAAAGCUGCAAGCCAGCAUGCUUACUGUUAGCAGUGUUUUCACCCACAGCAGGUGAGAGAUGUCUGUCUGUUACCUUUGUAACACCUUCAGCAGCACAUCGCAGGUUAUCUUGUGAAAGUAUUCUUUCAAUCCAAAAUAAAAUCCUAUUUAACACAAUUCUAAUCAAGAGCAAACCUUUCCCCCCACUCUCUAUCUGCUGUUUUCCUUGGUAUUCAUCAAGCCCCUUUCCUUGCUUUUAAAAAUAGUUUUUGUUGUCCAUGUUGUGAACCUACCAUAAAAAGGUGUUAAUAAUGCUUAGAGAGCAUCUAGGAUGAAAUCUGUCUGUGUAUGCAGGUGUGCUGGGCACACCAUGAACUCCACAUUAAAGCUGUUAACCUUAGUGAAUAUAUGUAAUCUGUAGGGAAACUGAAAAUCGAGGCAGCAGCAUUCUGGCAGGACAUCAGAUGAAGUUUCUGGCAUGAGAUAAACUGGCAGUGGACUGGCAGUUUGCUCAGUUUCAAAUUAUAGGAAAGAAAGCAGUUUUGUGGUUUCCUAUGUAUUUUUAAUCCUUUUUAAAAGUCAAAAAAAAAAAAAAAAAGGCUUCCUUCUGAAGCACUGGUAUCAUCUGGUUGCUGACUCUAAUCUCAGCAGUAUUAAUUGCAGAUGUAAAGUUACUCCAGUGCUAUCUGCAGAGGUUUCUGGAGAUGUGUGCAAGCACCCUGUCUCUGGAGUGAAGGAAUUCCUGUGCACAGAAGGGGAAUCUCUGGCAGCUGUGCUUGAAUCGCCUGUGUAAGUUCAUUUCCCAUGGCAUAAAGCAAGUUAAUUCUUUUUAGUGAUUGAAACUUACUUGUAUUAAAUUAUACUAGCAGUUACAUUUUCUUGCCACUGAUUUUAAGCGGAGGAUGAAUCUAUUCCUGUUAGCACUAAUGGGAACUGGGCAAUAAGGAUGGUCUCCAGUCAUAGUUACAAACUUAACCGCAAGAGUGUUAAUGUUAACCUUGCAGUAUUAAUGCUCGACCAUCACUGCUAUUUUCCCUUCUCAUCCCUUCCUCCCUGGGCAAGCAAAUUGAACUCUAAGCAAAAUUUCAGAAUAAUUACUCAGACAUGGCUUCUCAAACGGUAGCAUUUUGGCUUUACUACGCAGUCUGAAACAGAACUGCUGAAGUAUUAGGGGCUGAUUAGCUCACCAAUUGCAAGUAAAAAAAACCUUUACAACUUUAUUAGCAUAGUCACAGUGGCUGCUGUUGGACUAGUCUAAUGUUUUACUUAAAUAUUUUACAAUGAAAAAAGCAUAAAGCAUUGAAUUUGAAAUUCCUUGCUUUCAGGGAAAAUAAAUAUAUGUUAAGUAAGUAGUAGGGGGAGAGAACCUUAUCGUAAAUCCAUUAAGGUUAAAAGCCUUUUUACGACCCAUUUUUGCUACUAAUAUGCAAAAUUAUAAAGCUAGCCAUAUAAACACACAGUUUUCACGGAGUGUGUGUGUUGGUUUACUCAGUUGCAUGUAGGCCAUUAGCUUCACAGUGCUCCUGUUUGGCUUCAGACUGGUGCAAAUGCAGCAGACGUCUAAUAUUUCAAACAUUCAGUGCUAUGAAAAGGUUUUUAUUAAAGCAUUUCUAGUAUUUUCUAAAAUAGUUUUACUGGAAAGAAAAGUAUUGUUCAGGCUGAAACUUCAUUUAGGGCUCUACUUUACAGAUUUUGCUCAGUGAUGUUAUGCCGUAGGUACUGUAAGAUAAACUCAUGAUUAAUUUUAGAGUUCUGAUUAAAAUCAGUGACAUACUGACAGUUUUGUCACUGCUUAGAAAGACUACUAACUGUGGGUAAAGGAUGACAGUCAGGGACUCCUCUGAAUGGCUACAACGCAUGGUAGUAUCUGUAUGUAUUCAGAAUGCAAUUACAAUAUUUCCUGAGGGCUAUUGUGAAAGAAUUACUGCGCUCAUUAAUCACCCCCUUCUAAAUUGAUAAUUGGAAUUUUGAACUUGAUUCCUUUAUGUACCAAGUGCAGUCAGAUUACAUUGCAAAUGUAACCUGUACAAAACAAAUACAAUUGUAGAUGCCUUCUGAUGAUUCUCCUAAACUCAUGGUGAAUGUGAAAGGAAGCCAAGCUGUUUCCUCUAAUCCUAGAUUCCUUUAAAACUCUUCCGAGUAAUGAAAAUUCUGGUAUUUUUUGUUGUUUUUCCAGUUUGUGUUUGUUUGUUUCUAACUUCUAGAAAUUUCUCCUUCGGCCCCUACUAGAAAAGGCUCUGUCUGCCUUAGAGGGUUUUUACUAAGCACUCAGGAGUAUAUUGUUCCACUAAUUUAACAUAGUUUUGUGCUGACAUCAAUAUAAUCAGUUUUUAAACAUAGAGACCUACAAAACUCCAUAGGACUCUGGUCUCCCUUAUGCUGGGCUGCCUUCCAAAGGCUGGCCGUCCUCUCCUUUUUAAUUGCACAUAAUCCUGCAAUCACCUGGAGACAAAUGCUGAUGGCCUACAUUGACUGUAACUAUAGUAUCAGAGUGAGAUUGUGGUGGUAUUUAUUUUUUCCAUCAAGAAUGAAACUGGUCUCCUUUGCAAUGAGAGCCUUCAGUACAAAGAGUCGAUGGGAUUGUAGUUCCUCUCACACUGUGAAUAGUUGAAGAAAAAAUAUCUCUUAACCCAGUAGUGCUAGAUGUUUUCUGGAAACCGGGCAUGUGAUUAGGUAUCCAAGGGUCAAAUGUGCUUUGACUUCAGUUUUGCCAAGUUCAUAGCAAGGCAGGGGAUUUUUCCUGUGAUAUUUUCUGUUGACAGAAUCGUCCAAUUCUCGUAAGCCGCUUCAGGCUGUUGGCUGGCAGCACAAGCCCUCACAGGGACACAGGUGAGCGUGGAUCCAGAGGUCAUGGCAGAGGGGGAAUUGUUUUUGUAGUGAAGUCCGUGCCUUCCACGGAUGGAGGGUUUGUCAUACAGCCCUUCAACUGGUUUCUUCCAAAGGGUGUUUUCACACCUCCAUUGCCUGUUAGUUGCAGUACAAGCAGCUCCUCACAUAUUCUGUUGACUAUUCAAAAGCUCUUGUGUUAAAUCAGGAGAAUUACAAUUUUUUCAUAGUUAAAAGUAUUCAUCUAACAAUAGAAAUCUGGCCAAUGAAAAAAUACUUUGCUGAGACAUCAUAUUUGAUGGUCGUGCUGACUGUAGUCAGACAUUGGAGCUGAGAUUACUGUAUGAAUAAGCAAAUAAAUCUCUGACGCCUCAUAAAUAGUGCUAAGGAAGGAAUGUAAUUGUAGGUGCUGUAAUGAUAGAUACAGCACUUCUACAACAUGUGAAAUGGAGCCGUGGAACAGUGCUAGGGUGGCGACAAGACUGAAAGAGUAGGGACAGGAAAAGGACUGGACUUGGAAAUAGCUAGUGGGGCAGUGAGCUGUGCUGACCACUGGAUGUACAAAAGGAGAUACUUUUAGCUUGAAAAUUAGGCUAUGAUAAUGUACCAAGGAAAAAUGACUAUUUAUCCUGAAAUAGGUUACUGUUUCUACCACUGGAAGGCAUGUUUUGGGUGAUUAUUUCAGGUUUUGAAAAUCUAAAGCACACAAUCUGAAAACCAUUUUCUGUUUUUGUUUAUUUCUUGUUUUACUUUUUAAUUUAUUUUUUUUUAAUUUGACUGCUCUCAGGAAAAUGAAAGCUUCUAAAUAAGGGUCGUGUCUGGAAGUCCUUUUUAGCUGGUUUUACAAAUAAUUAUUGUGUUUACUACCAGCUGCAUUUGGCAAGAGAAAUAGUAUCUGUUAAAAAGUUAAAUCAUCACUACUUAAGAGGGCUUUCAUUUUAAAUGUGAUGGGCCAAACCCCAAACAUUUAGCUGUGUGAAAACGUAGUUUGUUUGUUUGUUUUUUUUAUGUUUGAGUUUUGUGUUAAGGUUGUGUAUGAACUAUGAAUUUCCACUAAGAGUUUUUUGUCAUUCUGGGAUUGAUGUGAAGUUUCUAAAGGUUAUUUAAGAUAAUAAAACUAUUCUCAAUUAUCUUGUUAGCUUUGGCCAAGCCGAUGCAAGUCUUGAGUUCAUUCACACUCUAGUGACAUUGUCAGAAAAAGUAUCAAGUAAGAGGACAGGAAGAAUUUCAAGACCUGGUCUUCUACCUAAAAGCUGACCUGGUUCUUUACCUAAAAGCCAAGACGAUUGGAUAUCCGAGUCUGGUAUAAAAGUCAAAAGAAGAAUUCCUUGCAAGUUUUCUUCUUCAGCGUGGUAACUGAGGUGGAAGAGUUUCAUGUAAACUUAAGUCCUAAACUAGAAGACAUUUAGUGUGUUGGACCACAAUGGUUCAAUAGUUCCAUAGAGCAGGACAUUUUCCUGCAACGAGUCUGCAACACUCAGGAGACUGCUGUUUAUUAUCAGCAUUGCAGGGAGGAAGACAAAUUAUAAUAAUAUGAAGUAUGUAUAUCAUCUUAGGAGGAUGCUUUUUCUUUGUACUCUGUUUUUCCUUGGAAUGAAAUAGCCUUGAGGGCAUCCACAAAUCCUGAUCAGCAAGGCUGCUUUUUGUAUAAGUGAUUGAACAUUUACACUCAUAAGGCUUGGUACAGUAUGGAAGGGGAAUACUUUGUAGAAAAGAAGGUCUUGAGGGAUGUGGUGUAGAGUACUGGCUCCCCCAGGUCAGUCAGUAUUCUUGCCCUUGCUAGGCUAUGUUUUGGGUUAUUGAGCAUGUUUGAAAGCGCAUAUAGUUUUACAAGUUUUUGUAGUGGGGAUGCAGGCAUCCAGAAUCUAACAGGUAUAUAGGUGCAUCUCCCUCAUUUUUGACAAUUACUUGAUAUAAUUUUAUACCAAGUUAUUUGUUUUUAAAGAAUUUCAGGCACUGAGAAUAUAGAGUGCAUAUUUAUUUCUAAGCUUUAAGUAGAACACGUGGUGUAUUUUUUAAUCCUUUCCAUAUGUUUCAGUUAAGUGUUCACAAGACUAUAUAUCAAAUACAAUACCAAGUUUUUCUAUCUUUCUACAAGCUGAUUUGUUUCAUCUGAAUUUGGUAUAUGUCUUUCACAAAACACUAAAUGGGGAAAAUGUGCUUCAAGCAUUAAGAUGGUGUAUGUCCUUUUCUCCGUUUACAUUGCAUCACAUUUCACUUUUUUUCUUUGAGGCAGAGAGAGCAGAUAUGAAAUGUGUUGAGUGUUUGACAGGCAUUUUGUUGUGCCUGGCUUCAAGGAUUGUACUGUAAUGUUUGACUGCUCACACAUUCACAUAAUUAUCUACUCAGUUGAAUACAGGACUGCUGUGUUGUAUUUCCUGUUAUUCAAAAACAAUUGGGGAAAAGAUUUUUCUGUGUAUAAUUUUAUUUUCGUACUGAUCUCUAUUUUGUUUAAGACCAUGUUUCAUCAUGAAAUCACUUAAUUAAAAUAAAUCUUCUUACAAAAUCCA